CUUAUGCGCCAAGAACUGGAAGAGGAAAAACUACAGGAUAUCUACACUGACCUUUGCAUUGUGGAAGGACACACUGGGGGGGUCAACAGUGCACAUGAAGUGUCAACAAUUCACCUGAAACAAAUUGAGACUGGGGCAUUUUCUGGGACCAUGAACUCAGUGAAUUUGUCAAACAUAUUCUCUGACUAUGCUGGUGAAUCUGUCACAAAGGUCUUGACUUUGGGAAUAGCUGGAGUGGGGAAAAGUGUUGCUGUGCAAAAGUUUGUCUUGGACUGGGCAGAAGACCGAGAGAACAGAAAUAUAGAGCUUGUUUUUGUUCUUCCAUUUCGAGAGCUGAACUUGUACAACAAUAAGUACAGCCUAUUUGACCUUCUCCUGAAACUAUACCCAGAACUUGAGGAGUUCAAAGAAGCCAUGGAAUUUGAAAAGACAGUUCUUUUUGUGUUUGAUGGUUUGGAUGAAAGCAGAAUCCAGCUGGACUUCAUGGACAAGGACAACAGUGUCUGUGACCCAAAAGAAAAAGCAUCAGUUGCCAUGUUAAUAACAAGUCUAAUAACUGGUAAACUGGUGUCUUCUGCACUCAUCUGGGUAACAACAAGACCAGCAGCAGCCAACAAGGACCUAUGUGACCUUUUCCACUUGGUGACAGAGAUCCAAGGCUUCAAUGAACAUCACAGAGAGGAGUAUUUUAGGAAGGUCAUUCCAAAGAAAUCUGAACAAAUUAUAGCACACGUAAAAUCAAAGAGAAGCCUCUACAUAAUGUGUCACAUCCCAAUGUUCUGUCGGAUUACAGCAGUGGUGCUUGGGGAAAAGAAAAAAGAGCAAAGUGCCUCUGACCAGGAAAUGCCCAAAACAUUGACUGAAAUGUACACACAAUUCAGUGUCCUUCAGAUCACCAGAAUGAAUGAGAGAUGCGAGAAGAAGAUUAGUACAGAGGAGAAAGGGCAACUACUUGUUAAACUUGGGAAACUGGCAUUCAAACAUCUGGAGAAAAGCACCUUGAUAUUCUAUGAGAAGGACCUGGCAGAGUGUGGCAUUGAGGUAAAUAUAGGAGCAUUGCAUGCCGGACUUUGUACAAAGAUCUUCAUAAAGGAAAGUGCUGUAAGUGGAGAGAGCAUAUUCAGCUUUGUGCACCUGAGCGUACAGGAAUUCCUGGCAGCUCUGUACUUGCUCCAUACACAUGCAACUGAUAAGAAGAAUCUCCUUAUCACGACUCGAUGGGAGAAGCUUAGAUGGGUGGUCAAUAACUCAAGGUUCAACCUGUACAAAAUAUCUUUGGACAAGGCCUUACUAAGUGAAAAUGGACAAUUGGAUCUUUGUGUACGCUUCCUUCUUGGACUGGCUCCAGUGUUGGAGCCUGACGUUCGGUUCCCCCUGAAUAAAGUUCUGCCAUCUUUGGGCAUCAGGCAACUGAGCAUCAAGAAAACGGUUGGAUACAUCAAGAAAAAGAUCAGCGAAAACAUCGCACCAGAACGGGUCAUCAACCUCUUCCACUGUCUGAGUGAACUCGGAGAUGAUUCACUGGUUGAGGAGAUCAACAGCUACCUGAGCUCAGCAGACGAGGAGAAUAAGCAACUGACUCCAGCCCAUUGUUCAGCUCUGGCUUAUGUGCUGCUGAUGUCCGCUGAAGAGCUGGAGGAGUUUGACCUGAAGAAAUGCCUGAGAUCAGAGGAAGGGCUCCACAGAAUGCUUCCUAUAGUCAGUGUCUCCAAGAGGGUUUGGUGA